AUGCCGCCGAAGCAGGCGAAGCUUGGGUAUGUCGUGAGCCAGCAGACUCUCGGCAAAUUCUUUGGCAAUCCGAAUGGGCAAAAGCCAAUACCUCAACAAUCGAAAUUGGCCUUUGGCACUAAAGCUACGCCUAAGAAGGAGCCAGCUGAGGAUGCGAGUGCAACCCCUCCAGCCAGCACAGCUGGUAGCGUGAAGAAGGAGGAUGUUGAGAUGCAAGACCAGGAGGAUGUGAAGAGCGAGAAGCAUGAGGAAGACGAGCAAGCCGCUGUCAAGCUAGAGCACUCACCCUCGAGCUCCUCCAAGAAGCGACGGGCCAGCCACGACGUAGAGAUGGAGGACGAUGUAGACGAUGAAGAGCCACCGACCAAGAAGGCUCGUUCGAAGCCCGCAUCAAAUGGUACGAAAAAGGGCGUAGCGACGAAGACUGCCGUCAAGAAGGAGGCACCAACAGCCAAAGCCGCUGGCAAAUCAAAGAAGGUCGAAUUAAAACACGAGGAAGAGGCUGAGGAUGAGCCCAUUGAGGCGGCAAGCUCAUCAGCAGAAGACGAAUCGGCACACUCUGCAGCGGAAGAGGUAGAGGUGGAAGUCAAGCCAGCGAAAGCUGCAAAGGCCGUGCAAAGCACACUCAAAUCAGACACAAAAGACCCGUAUCCGGACUGGAAAGCUGGUGAUCCUGUGCCCUACGCUGCGCUUUGCACGACAUUUUCGAAGAUCGAGAUGACGACCAAGCGUCUUGAGAUUCUGGCGCAUUGUGCUCGAUUCCUCCGCCAAGUGCUGCGACUGACACCAGACGAUCUACUACCUGUCGUGUUACUCAUGGUGGGCAAGCUAGCUGCUGACUAUGCCGGCAUUGAGUUGGGCAUCGGCGAAUCUCUCAUCAUGAAAGCCAUUGGUGAGAGUACUGGUCGAAGUCUGAAGAUAGUCAAGGAAGAUCAGCAAAAGGUGGGAGAUCUGGGACUCGUGGCAGCGAAGAGCAGAGGCGGCCAGCCGAUGAUGUUCAAACCGAAGCCACUGACAGUGCGUGCCGUGCAUGAGGGCCUAAUGAAGAUCGCCACUGUCGAAGGACAAGGUGCUCAAGGCCGCAAGGUAGACGGCAUCAAGAAGCUGUUGUCAUCCGCGGAUAUCAACAUGGCCAAGGGGUCGACUAUCGACAUCAACAAGGACAAAGGCGGUCCAAGUGAGAGCAAGUUCAUCAUCCGUGCUCUCGAGGGCAAGAUGAGACUUGGGUUGGCGGACAAAAACUUGCAAGUUGCCGUGGCUCACGCGAUGGUAGCACAUUCCGUGUCGAAAGACGGCAAGAAAGUGCCGACCGAAGAGCAACUCAAGAAGGGUGAAGAGAUCUUCAAGGCUGUAUACAACGAGCUUCCAGCCUACGAGGUCAUCAUUCCCGCCCUACUGGAGAAUGGCAUCUGGAAACUGCGUGAGGCUGUCAAGCUACGACCCGGCGUGCCGCUGAAGCCCAUGUUGGCCAAACCUACAAAGUCAAUUGGAGAAGUGCUUGAUCGCUUCGAGGGCAAGGACUUCACUUGUGAAUACAAGUACGAUGGCGAGCGCGCUCAGAUACACUACGUUGCGCACGAAGCCGACGAGGAAUUUGCCGCAACUGUCGCUCCUGCUGCUGGCAAGAGUGAUCGAGGCAUUUCCAACAUCUUUUCUCGGAACAGCGAAGACCUCAGUAAGAAGUAUCCGGAUAUCCUUGAGAAGCUACCAAACUGGGUGAAGAAGGGAACCAAAUCUUUUGUACUUGACUGCGAAACUGUCGCGUGGGACGUUGAGAAGAAGCACGUCUUGCCAUUCCAGCAGCUGAUGACGCGGAAAAAGAAGGACGUGAAGACAGAAGACAUCAAGGUCAAGGUCUGCGUCUUUGCAUUCGACAUUUUGUACCUGGACGGACAAGCCAUGGUCAACAAACCUUUCCGAGAGCGACGUGAAGCCAUGUAUGGCGCUUUCGAAGAGAUCGAAGGCGAGUUUGCCUUCGCAAAGUUUGGCAACUCCAAGGAAGUCGAGGAGAUUCAAACUUUGCUCGAGGAUUCUAUCAAAGCAUCGUGCGAAGGUCUCAUGGUGAAGAUGCUGGAUGGUAUAGAGUCCCACUACGAGCCAUCUCGUCGAUCACAGAAUUGGCUCAAGGUGAAGAAGGACUACCUUGCCGGUGCCGGUGAUUCUCUUGAUCUUGUCGUGCUCGGUGCAUACUACGGCAAAGGCAAGAGAACGAACUGGUAUGGGGCUUUCCAGCUCGCGUGCUACAACGACCACAAGGAGCAGUAUGAGACGGUGUGCAACAUCGGCACGGGCUUCAGCGAAGCCCUUCUCGCUGAGCUGUACGACACGCUCUCGCCAUUGGCAAUCGACCGGGCCAAGCCAUUCUAUGACCAUAGCACGGGCAAGAAUGAUCAGCCGGAUGUCUGGUUCGAACCAAAAUAUGUCUGGGAGGUCAAGACUGCUGAUCUCACGCUUUCUCCCAAAUAUCGUGCAGCAUCGAGCGAGUUCGGCAGCGAUGGCACACACAAGGGUGUUUCUCUGCGCUUCCCACGAUUCAUUCGAGUGCGUGAUGACAAGAAGCCAGAUGAGGCCACGAGCAGUAAGCAAGUUGCAGAAAUGUACAGGAAGCAGGAGAGUGUCGGCAAGAAUCAGGGCCCUAGUGUGGACGAUGACUUCGAGUAUUGAACGGGGAUGGUACAGAGUGUUUGAUGGCUAAUGGCGGCUUCGAGGCUGC